AUAACAGUAUACUGAUAUUAUUUGUUUAUUAAAACUUCAUUAUAAAUUUUUUCACCAGACUAAUCACAGUAUUGAUUACAAUUGUAAUACGUAAACCAAAUUAUAUCAAAAGAGAGAAAGAACAUGUUAAUACAUUCUUCCAAAUAUUUUUAGUUAUUAAAUAUACCAUUUAUGAUGUUAUUUUUACAUUAUUUGAGAAGUAGUAUACUGUCAAAUAUAUCAUGUAAUUUUUGGAAACAAAAUUAUAGAUUUAUUAAAAAAAUGACUAUAAGAAAUGCAUUAAAUUCAGCUCUUGACGAAGAGUUAGCUCGUGAUGAAAAAGUAUUUAUUAUGGGGGAAGAAGUUGCAGAAUAUGAUGGUGCAUAUAAAGUAACAAAAGAUCUUUGGAAAAAAUAUGGAGAUAAAAGAUUAGUUGACACACCUAUAACAGAAGCUGGUUUUUGUGGUAUAGCUAUCGGGGCUGCACUUGCUGGUUUAAAACCGAUAUGUGAAUUUAUGACAUUUAAUUUCUCAUUACAAGCUAUUGAUCGUAUAGUAAAUGGGGCUGCUAAAACUUUUUACAUGACUGCUGGAAAGAUUCCUGUACCGAUUGUAUUUCGUGGUCCAAAUGGUAAUGCUAAAGGUUUGGCAGCACAACAUUCUCAGUGUUUUGCAUCAUGGUAUAUGAGCGUGCCUGGCUUAAAAGUUAUGUCACCUUCAACUUGCGAAGAUUAUAGAGGAUGUUUAAAAGCUGCUGUUAGAGAUCCUGAUCCAGUUGUGAUUUUAGAAAGUGAAAUGCUUUAUAAUUUUGAAUUUCCUGUAUCAGAUGAAGCUAUGGACAAAGAUUUUACGAUACCUAUUGGUAAAGCUAAAAUUGAAAAACCUGGUAAAGAUAUUACUUUAACGUCACACGGCCAAAGUACUCUCUAUACGAUGCAAGCAGCUGAAAUCCUAGCGGGACAAGGAAUAGAAGCAGAAGUGAUUAAUUUACGUUCUCUUAGACCACUAGAUUGGGAUACAAUUUUCAAAUCAAUUACAAAAACCCAUAGACUAAUGACCGUAGAAUUUGGAUGGCCAACAUGUGGUGUUGGUUCUGAAAUUGUAGCAACAGUAAUGGAAAAUCCAGUAUUUUUUCAACUUGACGCACCAGCUGUUCGUUGUACUGGUAUCGAUGUACCUAUGCCAUAUGCAGAAACUAUUGAAUAUGAAUGUGUACCCAAAGAUCACCAUAUUGCAGAUUUUGCUAAAAAAGUUUGUGGUGUAAAAGCAUAA